AAAAAAAAUGGAGUCCCAAACCGAAAGAGAAACCAUCUUCCGAUCCAAACUCCCAACCAUCCACAUACCGACCCAUCUCCCGACCCACGAAUACCUCUUCGAAAACCUUCCCCGCCACGCCACCCGACCUGCCCUCAUAGACGCCGCCACCGGCUCAACCCUCACCCACGCCGACGUCCGCCUCGCCGCACGCCGUGCCGCCGCCGCCUUCCUUCGCCUCGGCGUCCGCAGCGGCCACGUCGUCAUGCUCCUCCUCCACAACUCCCCCGACUUCGCCGUCUCCUUCCUCGCCGCCUCCUUCGCCGGAGCCACCGCCGCCGCCGCCAACCCGAGAUUCACCGCCGCCGAGUUAUCAUCCCAAGCUAACCUAUCCAAACCGAAGCUAAUCGUCACCCACGUUCCGUACCUGGAAAAGGCGAACCGCCUCGCUCGGGAAUUAGGCGCUGACGUGGCCGUCGUCGAGUUCUCAGAUCUAACGAAAUCUGACGGGGAAUCGGUUUCGGAUGUCGAGGUCCGAUCUUCCGAUAUGGCGGCGCUGCUUUUCUCCUCCGGCACGACGGGCCUUCCCAAGGGGGUGAUGCUGACUCACCGGAACUUAAUCACGAGCACGGCACAGCUGGCGGACGGCGAGAAUCCGAGCUGCUGCGUGGGGAGUGGUGACGUGGUGCUUUGCGUACUGCCGAUGUUCCAUGUGCUCGGUUUGUCGAUGCUGCUGCUGGGACUGAGGGCGGGAGCCACCGUGCUGGUGGUGCCCAAAUUCGAAAUUGGGGUUAUGUUGGAGCUAAUUCAGAAAUAUAGAGUGACGAUUGUGCCCCUGGUGCCGCCGGUGCUGCUGGCGGUGGCGAAGAGGCCGGAGGAGGAGCUAUUCGACCUGUCGUCGGUGAGGAUAGUGCUCAGCGGCGGGGCGCCGCUGGAUGAGAAGCUUCAAGCGGCAGUCGGCGCGAAGUUCCCCAACGCUACUGUUGGUCAGGGCUAUGGGAUGACAGAAACCGGCGUAAUAUCACUAUGCCCAGGAUUUGCGAAAAACCCAUCCGACUAUAAACCCGGUUCGUGUGGAGCUAUAAUCAGAAAUAUGGAGCUCAAAAUUGUGGAUCCUUUGACCGGUGCCUCUCUUUCCAGGAGCCACGUCGGCGAGAUUUGCGUCAGAGGAAAUUCUGUCAUGAAAGGUUACUACAAUGAUGCGGAGGCGACCAAGAGAACAAUCGACGGUGAAGGAUGGCUACACACCGGCGACCUUGGGUACGUGGACGGCGACAGUGAACUAUUCAUCGUGGACAGGUUGAAGGAACUCAUAAAGUACAAAGGGUUCCACGUGGCACCUGCUGAGAUUGAAGCUUUGCUAAUUCAUCAUCCCUCCAUAUCAGACGCUGCAGUUUUGCCUAAGAAGGAUGAGAGAGCAGGAGAAGUUCCAGUUGCAUUUGUAGUGCCAACAAUUGGUUCUAACAUCACGGAGCACGAAAUCAAGCAAUACAUCUCAAACCAGGUGGUGCCGUACAAGCGGAUACAUCGUGUAUUUUUCAUAGAUGAAAUUCCUAAAGCUCCAUCAGGUAAAAUAUUGAGGAAGAAUUUGCGGGCACGGAUUUAAAUUGACGUCAGAGAAAUGAAGGAUGAUAACAUUCUCAUGUCCAAAGUCCAAACACCAAACUUCAUCAUGUCAAUAAAGCAAUGUGGAUUUUGGGAUUAAUUUAUUUCAAUUUGAAUAUUAUUAUUUAUUUUAAUGUUUUUACAUGAACUGUUAUUUAAUAAAAUACGUAGUUUUCAG